AUGUCCCGGCUUUUGCCGGGAAUGUGCGGUUUUCGCACCCUCCAGAAUGCAUCCGAAGUCAGCCGAAAUCAAGUUCUCACGCCACAAACGCGUCUUCCAACACCUAUGAUACCAAUCUAUCUCUCUGCUCUGCCGUUCUCUCCCUCAACACUAUCUUCCUUGAUGAGAGCAGGAUAUGAGACCAUAAAGGAUGUACAAGGGAUUUCCCCGGAGGACUUAUCAGAAGAGUUCGACAUACCACUCUCAAUAUCGCAAGCCCUAAUAAAUUCACAGAGGCCCACUUUGACCCUACUUGGAUCUACUCUUCCAUGGACGCAGUCAGUAUCGUUGUUGUCCGGAAGUGGAGUGAAAGCCAGGGUGUCUACCUUGUGCGCCCCUCUGGACCGACUCUUGUCUGGAGGCCUUUCAAGAGGUUCUGUUCUGGAGAUAUCUGGUGCUCCUGGGACACCGAAAGAAAUACUUACAGUAAAUAUAGUGGCAUCAUUUGUCAAAUCCAGGGAACGCGUCCUAUUUGUUGACCUCCAAAACAUGACAAGCCCAGCAACACUAAGAAGAGCUCUCAAAAAAGGUAUAUCGGAUGUUCCGACGAAUUUUUUGGAACUAGUUUCCUACAUGCCAAUGCACUCGCUUUCUGAAUUCAUGACAUUCAUGUACAAUCUUUUGUCUUAUCUACGACGAAACCCGGACGUGGCUUUGCUUGUCAUCAACUCCAUUUCCUUUCCCUUUCAAACAUCUCCAAUGUUAACUCUACAAACGAAGAUCUCUCUUCACGACCGCAUCAAACAGACCUUCUCGAGGGCCUACGCGUUCAAUAAUUUAACGAUCGUCACCACUUCUCAGCUGGCUACGAAGUUAUUGAAGACAGAUGGAACUGCAGGAAACUUUGACACAGGAGCAAGGGGCAUCAUGGUUCCACAACUAGGGUCAUAUUUACCUCCUGGGAGAUCUUACCGUGUGAUAUUAUCACGCGAGACACGACUAUCAGGAACUCUGCGAUUGUUGUAUUCACCUUCUGCUAUGCACCAGGACAACGGGCAACACAUGCUCGAAGAGCCAUAUGCAAAAUGUGGCGAUUCAAUUUCAUCGCACUUCGAUGACAAUGCAAUUGGAAAGUGGCGGUGA